CAAAGGCGGAAUUUUUGAAAUCUGACAACUGUAAACUGCUAAAAGGCAGAGAGGAGUUACUACUGUCACAGCACUGAGACCAUUUUGCGCCUCUUUUUCGAACAUGGGCGACCUCUCUACGCCAGUGAGCCAAAGAUUUGGAAGUCGCUUAUGCGAGGAGGCCGAAAUGUCACCCUACAAUGAGUCUCCUUUCAUGAUUCCUCCAUCUCCUUUCAUGACACGACUCGGUCAUGGCACGGGUGUUUCGGUUUAUCGAUUCAAACGCGAACCGAGCAACAACAGCAUUAGAUCGCCUUGGGCCGUGAAAAAAGUAAAUAAGAAGGCAAGAUCAGGGAUAAGCGAACGACUCGCUCUAGAAGCAAGCAUUUUGAGACAACUGAAGCAUCCAAAUAUUGUCGGUUUUCGUGCCAUCUCGGGGAGUGUGGAUGGCGAUCUCUGCCUUGCAAUGGAAGACUGCGAGAGAGCUCUCGAAGACAUUAUCGAAGAAAAAGCGUAUCUGGAAGAAGAUUUCACUUACGAUGAAAUGCUGAAAGUUUCUUGGUCUGUUGCCAAUGCCUUGAGUUAUAUACACAACGAAAAAAAGAUCCUCCAUGGCGAUAUCAAAAGUGGUAAUGUUCUUAUAAGGGGUGAUUUUGAGGCUGUCAAACUGUGCGAUUUUGGAGUGGCGCUGUGGUUGAAUGAUGAUCUGAGCGGACUGAAAAAUCCUGGAGGUAGAUACAUCGGCACAGAGCCGUGGAAAUGUAAGGAAGCUUUGAAGGGGGGAGUUAUCACAGAUAAGGCAGACAUCUUUGCUUAUGGUUUAUUAAUCUGGGAGAUGCUAGCUUUGAAUGUACCUCAUGUGGACUUGCUUGCAGACAGCGAUGAAGAAACUGACACAGGGUUGACCAGUGAUGAUGAGGAGGAUGAUGGUGCAUGUGACACAGAGGAAUACCUGGCAGCUUUAGGCACACGUCCCCCAUUACCUGCCAAGUUUGAAAAUGCAAAUUCAAUGCUUCCAGUCAUUGAAUUAUUUCACUGCUGCACCUUUGAAGACCCUAAAGAGAGACCAAGUGCUAAAGACAUUGUGGCAGCUCUAAAACCUGAGAUCUUAGCUAAUGAUAUCACAAUUUCAGAGUAAAGGGUAAAAAAGGAAAACAUGUUUUGCCUGUAACAAAUAUAGACUUUUAAAGGACUAGUAAUCAUUUUUUUAAUGCACAAAAUUUUUGUGGAAUGACUUAACACUGUAGAUACUAUAGUGCAUUAUUACAUGAUGACUAGAGGAGAAUGAAACUCAUCUGGAAGCAUUUAUUUGAUGUUAGAUUUCAUAGUCGGAAGCUUUUCAUUUAAAAUAUAGUAAAUUGUA